AUGGAGGUCGCCUCAUCAGAGGCAUCAAAUGGCGUGUCAGCGCCAGAGUCAACCACUUCGGUGGAUUCAGGCGCUAUCGUCCAGUACCUGACAGAGGUGCUCCAAGUGACACUUGGUGCUUCAAAGUCUGAGCUGCAAGGUGCUGGGAGCUUGCUAUCAGAAGCCAGGCUCGAUGACACGGUACAGAGAUGUACGCGAUUCGCAUCAGAGUCUCAAGUUGCACUCUAUGUGCAGAAGGACAUUGUAGCCGAAGAGACAAAUGGCGAGAGUGAAGGUCUUAAUGCGACCAUACGAUAUGUCUACAGUCUAUCUUCCGAGAUAUCUUCAACCUCUACAACCGCGUCGUCCGUAGCAUUCAUCAAACGCCCUGCCCCCAUCGAUCCGGCUCUUUCCAUAGCUUCGCAAAUCCAGGUUAUGAAUUUGCCCGGUUUAGCUUCUCCCCAAAAUUCCCAGACGCAACAGGGAACUUCCAUGUCGCCCUAUCAAUGUUUACAACUACUCCUUCGUCAUGGUCUCAGUCCCUAUUUUGAAGCAUACACUCGUAACCAGGAAACGACUACUGGAACGAAGCCACGAGCAGAUACCGAGGCGAAAACCGGUAUUCCAGGAACUAAAAAGAAGUUUGCAGAACUUGAACUGGGUCUCAUUAACCUUCAACAGAAUGUAGAGAUCCCGGCUUUGAAUCUUCCACUCCACGAGGUAGUUCAGGCUGCCUUGAAAGAGGCCGAGGUAAAGGGGAUCAGACCCUCUGUUGAGCUGAUUCCUGCGUCAGUAUUGGAUAGCAGCGCGUUCACGAACAGCAUCCAGAAUACCGUGAAUGGCUGGAUUCGUUCCAUACAGACUAUCACUAAGAUGUCUCGAGACCCGGACAGUGAAUCGGCUUCGCCAGAAGUGAAUUUCUGGCUGUCAAUGGAGUCUGCCCUAGAGGGUAUUGAGGCUCAGUUGCAAAGCGAUGGAGUCCGAUUGACCAUGGAUAUUCUGCGCCAUGCGAAGCGGUAUCAGCCGACUCUCAGUUUUGUAGCAGACACUGGACUGAAAGAUGCCACUGAAUUAGUUCAAAAAUACAAUCAGCUUAUGCGUGAUUUCCCAUUGGAUGAGCUUCUCUCUGCAACUUCUCUACAAAAGGUUCAGGAGUCAUUGGGCUUGAUAUUCAACCACCUGAACAAGAAGUUGAAGAUUUGCCCUUACCCAAUCAAGCGUGCAUUGUCUCUAGUCGAGGCCAUCUCUGGUGACCUCGAUAAGAAGAUUCACGGCCUUAUUGAUGGUCGCAAAAUUCUUCAUCUAGACUACCGUGAGUUCCGGUCAUUGAUGAAGAUCACCCAGGCAAUCUGGCGUACCUGGGAUGAGAACCUAAAGGAAUUUACCAAUGUUGCCCGUGAAUCAACCAGACGUCGCAAUGAAAAAUUCAUCCCGAUCAAGAUCAGUGCCCGACACGACAAGACACGCGAGCGUCUGAAGUACAUUGACACUUUCCGAGUCAACCACGAGCAGCUUCAGAAGACGAUAAUAAACGUUCUCGGGUCAAAGAAAUCUUCGCCUACAGAGAAUAGCGCCGGCGUCGACUCUGACAGUGCCGUUAUCGUUGAAGAGAUCGGUGAUGUCGACGCUGUAGAAGAGGUUACCCACGCCUAUGCGGCUCUCAAAAACGUAGACGUGUUAGAUGUCUCUCCCGAAGGAUCACGUUCCUGGGAGGAGGCUGAGAUUGGCUACAGUGAGCGAACAUCUCGCGUUGAAAACUCAAUUAUUGCUCGCCUGCGCGAUCGUCUCGCGACAGCUAAGAAUGCAAAUGAGAUGUUUCGCGUAUUCUCCAAAUUCAACGCCCUUCUUAUUCGACCAAAGAUUCGUGGUGCCAUUGGAGAGUAUCAGACCCAGCUGAUUGACAAUGUCAAACGAGAUAUUUCCGCCCUUCAUGAGCGUUUCAAGCAGCAGUAUGGCCACUCUGAGGCUCAUGCUAUGGCUCAACUGCGGGAUCUUCCACCCGUUUCUGGCGCAAUUAUCUGGGCUCGGCAGAUCGAGCGACAAUUGGAUGGCUACAUGCGCAAGGUAGAAAAUGUGUUGGGAGAAGACUGGCACUUGCAUACCGAGGGACAGAAACUACAGGCCGAAGGUAAUUUGUUCCGCAAGAAGCUUGAUACCCGACCCGUGUUUGAAUCAUGGCUGUACGAUGUUCAACGACGCCAUAUCACGAUUUCUGGACGUCUGUUUAAUAUUGUGCGCAAUCGUGCAGCCGGCAAUGCUUUGGAGCUUACCGUCAACUUUGAUGCUCAAAUCAUUGCUCUGUUCAAGGAGGUCCGCAAUCUCAUUUGGCUGAACUUCCAAGUUCCUCAUGCCGUCAGCAACAUCUCCAAGGAGGCAAAGCGGGUUUACCCCUACGCUAUCAGUCUAAUGGAGAGUGUGCGAACUCUCUUGCAGACGAACCGAUCAAUUGCCACGAUGUCGGAUGUUGCCAUUCUUCUCAACGGAUAUGUCAACGAUUCUCAGUCCAUGGUCAUGAAGGGAAUUCCUCUGAGAUGGGAGUCAUUUGUUCAUUCCUAUGAGCUCCACGUGAAGCAAUCAGCCUUGUCGAAUGGCGCAAUUGAUACUUCAAUGCCGAGUCGUACCGAAAGCAAGCAUGUUCAGUUCGUCCGCGAAUUUGCCGGCUCAGCAUCUGUCCUGCAGGCAAAGGUUGCCGUUUUGUCGUCCAUCAACGAGAACAUUCAAAAAUCGAUUCACGAGCUCAAAACAUGUCCGUAUGACUCUGCGGCCUUCAAGCAGCGUCUGGAUACCAUUCAGGUUGCAGUGGAUAAACUCAACCUUGAGAACUACGUAAACCUUGGAUAUUGGGUGUCAGAGCUCAAUGGAAAGAUUGAGGUUAUUCUCCGAGAGCGACUUUACCGUGCUGUGCGCGAGUGGAUUAGCACUUUCAACCAGGCAGAUGACGAUCAGGUCUUUCAAUCACAUCUUGCCAACGGAGAGUCGGAAUCAUCCCAAUACACCAUUUCAUUCCCUGAACUAUUCCACGAAAUUUCCAUGAAGAACCAGGUUCUUCACCUUGAUCCGCCUCUGCAAUUUGCCCGUGCUAGCUGGUUUGCGCACUUUGAUUCCUGGCUUGGAGUGAUUUGCAGCCUUGAGAAAAUUAAGGCUUCUCGUUACCAGAUUUCCAUUGACGUACAGAAUGUAAAACAGUCAGAAGCCUGCUUCGCCGAUCUCCCGCAACACUGCACUGAAGAACUCACUCAAGUCUAUGGAGUUGUUGAGUCCAGACUUACCAGUGUAUCUGAAUACGUGAACAAGUGGUUGCAAUUCCAGUCGCUCUGGGAUUUGCAGUCUGACCAAGUAUACGAGAUUCUGGGUGACGACCUGGCUCAAUGGCUUCAGCUUCUCCAAGAAAUCAGAAAGAGUCGCGCGACCUUCGAUACUUCCGAAGUCAGCCAAUCUUUCGGCAACAUUCGAAUUGACUACGAGCAAGUCCAGACCAAGGUGAAUGCCAAGUAUGACCAGUGGCAGCACGAAAUUCUGCACAAGUUCGGCGCCAAACUCGGUGGCCGAAUGAGAGAGGUUCAUUCAGAAAUUGCUUCCGCCCGAAGAGAUCUCGAGGGUCAAACUUUGGAGGCCUCUUCGACAGCCCACGCUGUUUCAUUCAUUACUAUUGUACAGCAGUGCAAGCGAAAGACUCGUAUCUGGGAGCCAGAAGUUGAUAUGUUCCGCCAAGGUCAAACUACUCUUUCCCGCCAGAGAUACCAAUUCCCAGCCGACUGGCUUCACGUUGAAAAUCUUGAUGGAGAAUGGACUGCGCUGAAUGAGCUACUUGAUAGAAAGAGCAAGCUUGUUCACGAUCAAACAGAAGCUCUCCGCGCCAAGAUCACCGCUGAGGAUCGUAUCAUCAACGACAAGAUCGCGGAGGUCAUUGCUCAAUGGAAUGAAGAAAAGCCGGUCUCUGGUACUAUUCCUCCCGAUGGAGCGUCUCGUACAUUGAGCUCAUUCCAGUCGCGCCUUGAGUCCCUUCAAUCCGAAUAUGAGAUGGUUUCCAAGGCUAAGGAGGCCCUUGAUCUUCCUGCAAGCACUGAAUCAGCACUGCCUCCAAUUCUCGAAGAAGUUCAGGACUUUAUGUCUGUGUGGGCAGCUUUGUCUACUAUCUGGAAGAGCCUGAAUGAUCUUCGGGAUGGCCUAUGGACUAGCAUCCAACCACGGAAGCUCCGUCAGUCUCUCGAUGGGCUGAUCAAGAUGACAAAGGAGAUGCCUAGCCGAAUGAGACAGUAUGCGGCUUUUGAACACAUCCAGAACGUUCUUCGACAGCUCCUAAAGGUUAAUUCGUUACUUUCUGAUAUGAAAUCCGAGGCUGUUAAAGAACGCCAUUGGCAAAAGAUCUACAAGGCUUUGAAGCCUGGAAAGCGCUUCUCUCUCGUCUCGCUGACUUUGGGUGAUGUCUGGGAUCUGCAGCUGGCUACGAGUGAGACCAUCAUUCGAAAUGUCAUUGCUCAAGCUCAGGGCGAGAUGGCCUUAGAGGAAUUCUUGAAGUCUGUUCGCGAGACCUGGCAGAACUACUCCCUCGACUUGGUGAACUACCAGAACAAGUGCCGUCUUAUUCGUGGAUUUGAUGAUCUAUUUGCCAAGUGCAGUGAGAACUUGAACUCCCUCCAGGCCAUGAGGCACUCACCCUACUACAAAGAAUUUGAGGAGGAGGCCACCUCAUGGGAGGACAAGCUGAAUCGUGUUCACGUUCUGUUCGAUGUAUGGAUUGAUGUCCAGCGGCAAUGGGUGUACCUUGAGGGAGUCUUCACUGGUAAUGCCGAUAUCAAGCAUCUCCUUCCUCUUGAAUCCAGUCGCUUCCAAAACAUCAACUCAGAGUUCUUUGCUGUUAUGAAGAAGGUCUACAAGUCGCCCUUUGUUUUGGAUGUUCUUGCCAUUACUGGUGUCCAAAAAUCCUUGGAAAGACUGGCUGAGUUGCUCAACAAGAUCCAAAAAGCACUCGGUGAAUAUCUCGAGCGGGAGCGUGUAUCUUUCCCUCGUUUCUACUUCGUUGGAGACGAGGAUUUGCUUGAGAUUAUUGGUAACAGUGAUGAUGUUCUUCGUGUUGCCAAGCAUUUCAAGAAGAUGUUUGCUGGACUAUCAGGCCUCUUGAUGGACGAUGAAAACAAUAUUAUCGGAUUCUCAUCGAAGGAGGGUGAAGAAGUUCGCCUGAAACGGGAGGUCAAUCUCGUCAAGACACCUCGAAUUAACGACUGGCUCUCCGCUCUAGAGAACAACAUGAAGUUGACCCUUGCAGAGCUUCUGGGCGAGGCUGUUGAACAAUUCGAGACCAUCUACAGCGCUACGGAGGUGGAUCAAACAGCUUUCAAUGAUUUCCUGGCCAAUUACCCUGCUCAGGUAGUUGUUCUUGCAAGUCAAGUUGUGUGGACCAAUGUAGUACAGAAGUCCCUGGAGGAAGGUGGCUCUAACCUCCAGGCCCUGUUUGAAUCCGAGGUCAGGAUUCUCGAGCUCUUGGCCGCCACUGUGCUUGGCGAACUGGAUCCUAUUACACGUAAGAAAUGUGAACAUUUGAUUACUGAGUUUGUCCAUCAACGUGAUGCCAUUACCAAGCUUAUCAGCUUCAAUGCCAACACUCCCACACAUCAUCUCUGGCAGCUCCAGAUGCGCUUUGUCUACCAACCAGAAGGUGAUUUCUUGCAGCGACUUUAUGUUCAUGUGGCCAACGCCAAGCUCAGCUAUGGAUUCGAGUAUUUGGGUGUCCCAGAGCGUCUUGUUCGCACCCCUCUCACAGAUCGUUGUUUCCUCACCCUUACCCAGGCCCUGCAGCAGAGACUGGGUGGUUCUCCGUACGGUCCAGCCGGUACCGGUAAAACCGAGUCAGUCAAAGCUCUUGGUCUUCAGCUUGGACGUUUCACCCUUGUCUUCUGCUGUGACGACACAUUUGAUUUCCAAGCUAUGGGCCGUAUUUUCCUUGGUAUUUGCCAGGUCGGAGCAUGGGGUUGCUUUGACGAGUUCAACCGUCUUGAGGAAAGAAUUCUAUCCGCUGUUUCCCAGCAGAUCCAAAACAUCCAGAUUGGUCUGCGUAAGGGAGAAGAGGAUAGCCAGUCACAGAUCGAGCUCGUUGGACGACGCCUUGCAGUCCACUCUAAUACGGGUAUUUUCAUAACCAUGAACCCCGGUUAUGCAGGACGAUCGAACCUUCCAGAUAACUUGAAGAAGCUGUUCCGCAGUGUUGCCAUGUCCAAGCCCGAUAAGGAACUUAUUGCGGAAGUUAUGCUCUACUCCCAGGGUUUCAAACAAGCUAAGCCUUUGUCCAAACAAACUGUGCCGUUCUUCGACCACUGUGCAUCUCAGCUCUCCAAGCAAGCACACUACGACUUCGGUCUUCGUGCAUUGAAGAGUGUGCUAGUCAGCUCUGGUGGCCUCAAGCGUGCUCGUCUCGCCAUUACCGAUGGCGAUCUUGGCCCCGAUUCCGUCAUUGAGCCCCAGAUUAUCGUUCAGAGCUUGCGUGAAACCAUUGCUCCCAAGCUUGUGCAGGAGGACGUUGAUCGUAUGCUAACCAUCCAAAUGCAAGACUUCCCUGGUGUGGAAUAUGUGCCUGCCAACUAUGAAAAACUUACCCAGGCAAUUCGUGAUAUUGCUCGCGAACAGCACUUUGUGGACAGUGAGAUGUGGAUAAGCAAGAUUCUGCAACUUUACCAGAUUCAAAGCAUUCACCACGGUGUAAUGAUGGUUGGAGAGUCAGGAGCUGGUAAAUCAGCCGCUUGGAAGAUUCUCUUGCAAGCUAUGCAGCGUAUCGAAGGUGUUGAAGGUGUAUCUCAUAUCAUCGACUCUAAAGUCAUGUCCAAGGAAGCACUCUAUGGUAACCUUGACAAUACCACCAGAGAAUGGACUGACGGUCUCUUCACUGGUAUUCUUCGAAAGAUUGUCGACAAUCUUCGAGGAGAGGACAGCAAACGUCACUGGAUCGUGUUCGACGGUGAUGUUGAUCCUGAGUGGGUUGAGAAUUUGAACAGUGUUUUGGAUGACAACAAGCUUCUUACUCUACCCAAUGGAGAACGUCUCAAUUUACCCUCCAAUGUGCGUAUCAUGUUCGAAGUUGAGACUCUUAAAUAUGCCACUCUAGCCACUGUUAGUCGUUGUGGUAUGGUGUGGUUCAAUGCCGAUACUGUUACUCCAUCAAUGAUGAUCAACAACUAUGUUGAAGGCCUGAAAACCAAGGUCUUUGAAGAUUUGGACGAUGACAGCGCCCCAGCUGGUACAACUGCUGUUAAGGCCCUGGAUACCCAGGACACCCUUUCGACCAUUCUCAAGCAGCUGUUGGAAACUGAUGAUUUGGUUCUCAAGGCUCUUGUGGAAGCAAAGGACAAGCAAUAUAAUCAUAUUAUGGAGUUUACCGAUAUUCGCGCUCUCAACACGCUCUUCAGUCUGUUGAAUAAGGCCUGCCGCAAUGUCCUGGAGUACAACAUCCAGCAUGUCGACUUCCCGCUAGAUCCUGAGCAAAUCGAGCUGUACAUCUCGAAGAAGCUCUUGCUAACAUUGGUCUGGUCGUUCACCGGCGACUGUCCACUUCUCGACCGCAAGGCAUUUGGUCAGUAUGUCGCUGGAAUGUCGACCAUGGAUCUUCCCCCUGAUGGCAACUCGUCCCUCAUUGACUUUGAUGUCACCCUUCCGAAAUCUGAGUGGUCCAGCUGGCAGUCGCAAGUACCUACAAUUGACGUCAACACACACUCGAUUACCCAAACUGAUGUUAUUAUCCCGACUGUGGAUACAAUCCGACAUGAAGAUGUGUUGUACUCCUGGCUGGCUGAACACAAGCCACUACUUCUCUGCGGUCCUCCUGGCUCAGGUAAAACGAUGACACUCUUCGCCGCCCUGAGAAAGCUGCCCAACAUGGAGGUUGUUGGCCUCAACUUUUCUAGCGCUACCACCCCUGAUCUUUUGAUAAAGACCUUUGAGCAAUAUUGCGAGUAUAAAAAGACACUCAAUGGCGUGGUCAUGUCACCCAACCAAAUUGGUCGCUGGCUGGUUCUCUUCUGCGAUGAAAUCAACUUGCCUGCACCCGAUCGCUACGGUACUCAGCGAGCCAUUUCUUUCUUACGCCAGCUUAUCGAACAGAACGGCUUCUGGCGUACCUCUGACAAGACUUGGGUUACUUUGGAUCGUAUUCAAUUUGUUGGUGCUUGUAACCCUCCGACCGACGCUGGCCGUACACCCAUGGGCGAGAGAUUUUUGCGCCACGCUCCGCUGAUCAUGGUCGAUUAUCCCGGUGAAAUUUCACUCAAUCAGAUCUACGGCACGUUCAACUCAGCAAUUCUCAAGAUUCUGCCCUUGCUUCGUGGUUACUCCGAGGCCCUCACCAAGGCCAUGGUCCAAUUCUAUCUCGAGUCGCAGUCAAGAUUCACUCCUAAGAUCCAACCACACUACGUUUACUCACCUCGUGAACUUACUCGCUGGGUACGUGGUGUCUACGAGGCCAUCAAGCCGCUCGAGACCCUGACAGUAGAGGGGCUUGUGCGUAUCUGGGCGCACGAGGCUUUACGUCUUUUCCAAGAUCGAUUGGUUGGUGAAGACGAGAGAGCUUGGACGGCUGAUGCUGUUCGCCGUAUCGCAUUGGACAACUUCCCUACAAUCAACGAUGAAGAGGCAUUGAAGGGCCCGAUCCUGUUCUCAAACUGGCUGUCUAAGAACUACGUGCCAGUUGAGCGGGAUCGCCUCCGCGACUUUGUCAAGGCCCGUCUCAAGACCUUUUGCGAGGAAGAAGUCGAUGUGCCUUUGGUCUUGUUCAAUGACGUUCUGGAGCAUGCACUACGCAUUGACAGAGUUUUCCGCCAACCCCAGGGUCAUUUGAUUCUGAUCGGUGUGAGUGGAAGUGGAAAGACCACACUCUCACGCUUUGUGGCCUGGAUGAAUGGCCUAAAGGUAUUCCAAAUCAAGGUCCACGGCAAGUACUCAUCUGAAGAUUUCGAUGACGACUUGAGAAGUGUGCUUCGCCGAGCUGGAUGCAAGGGUGAGAAGAUUUGCUUCAUCAUGGACGAAGCCAACGUCCUUGACUCCGGUUUCUUGGAGCGCAUGAAUACCCUGCUUGCUAACGCUGAGGUUCCGGGUCUGUUUGAGGGUGAUGAAUUCUCAUCCCUGAUGACUGCUUGUAAAGAGGGUGCCCAGCGCCAAGGCCUACUUCUAGACUCCCAGGAAGAGCUCUACAAAUGGUUCACGCAACAAAUCGUGAAGAAUCUCCACGUCGUGUUUACCAUGAACCCGCCAGAGGGCGGCCUGGGUUCCAGAGCCGCCACCAGUCCUGCUCUGUUUAAUCGUUGCGUGCUAAACUGGAUGGGUGAUUGGUCUGAUCAAGCUCUGUUCCAGGUCGGCUCUGAGUUGACUCUGUCAGUUGACUUGGACAAGCCCAACUUCACCUCCCCCGACAGCAUUCCAGUCGCCUAUCGCGAGCUGAGUCUCCCUGCGUCAUACAGAGACACUGUCAUGAACUCCAUGGUGUACAUCCAUCACUCUUUACACCAUUUCAAUCAACGCUUGCGCAAACAACAGGGCCGUACAACAUCCUUGACUCCUCGCCACUACCUUGAUUUCGUUGCCCAAUAUGUCAAAUUGUUUAACGAGAAGCGUGAGGAUCUCGAGGAGCAACAGCGACACUUGAACGUUGGUCUCGAGAAGCUCCGCGAUACAGUGGAAAAGGUCAGCGACUUGCGGGCUAGUCUAGCUCAAAAGAAAACACAACUCGAGAAGAAAGAUGCAGAGGCAAAUGAGAAGUUGCAGCGUAUGGUUGCUGAUCAGCAAGAGGCCGAACAGCGGAAGCAAGUUUCGUUGGAAGUGCAAGCGGCUUUGACUGUACAGAAUAAGGAAGUUGCAGAACGUAGGGAGGUCGUGUUGCAUGAUUUGGCUCGCGCCGAACCUGCCGUGGCAGAGGCCCAGAAGAGUGUCAGUAACAUUAAGCGUCAACACCUUACUGAAGUCCGAUCUAUGGGUAAUCCCCCUGCUGGUGUCCGACUAGCCCUGGAGGCUGUAUGCACUCUUCUUGGCCACAAGGUCGACAGUUGGAAGACUAUUCAGGGUCUAGUGCGCAGGGAUGAUUUCAUCGCUAGUAUCGUCAACUACGACAACGAGCGCCAGAUGACUCGUAACAUGCGAGUUAAGAUGCAAAACGAGUUCCUGUCCAAGGAGGACUUCACCUACGAGCGAGUGAGCCGUGCCAGUAAGGCAUGUGGUCCACUGGUGCAGUGGGUUGAAGCCCAAGUUAACUACUCUGAGAUUUUGGAUCGUGUGGGACCUCUUCGCGAGGAGGUUGACCAGCUCGAGGAGCGAGCUCUGCAAACCAAGGCUGAGGCCCAGGCUAUCGAAGAAACUAUCCAGAACCUGGAAAGCAGUAUUGCAACAUACAAGGCUGAAUACGCUUCCCUCAUCAGUGAAACUCAGGCAAUCAAGACAGAGAUGUCACGGGUUCAAUUUAAGGUCGACCGCAGUGUACGUCUGCUCGACAGCCUGUCAUCAGAGCGUGAGCGUUGGGAAGAGGGCAGUAAGUCGUUUGAGACUCAAAUCAGCACUCUUGUUGGUGAUGUUCUCAUCGCGGCUGCAUUCCUUGCCUAUGCGGGUCUCUACGAUCAACAAUUCCGUAAGGCUAUGAUUGAAGAUUGGGUCCACCAGCUGGGUCAGUCUGGCAUCAACUUCAAACCACACAACCCGAUCACUGAGUACUUGUCCAAUGCCGACGAGCGUCUAACAUGGCAAGAGCACUCGCUCCCUGUCGAUGAUCUUUGCACGGAGAAUGCUAUCAUUCUGAAGCGAUUCAACAGAUAUCCCCUCAUUGUGGAUCCCUCUGGUCGUGCAACCGAGUUCCUUCAGAAAGAAAGCAAAGACCGAAAACUUACCGUUACGAGCUUCUUGGACGACUCUUUUGUCAAGCAAUUGGAGAGUGCGCUGCGUUUCGGAAAUCCCAUUCUUAUCCAGGAUGCAGAGCACUUGGAUCCUAUCCUAAACCAUGUUCUCAACAAAGAAUAUCAAAAGACGGGUGGUCGUGUUCUUAUUCAACUUGGCAAACAAGAGAUCGAUUUCUCUCCUUCCUUCCGGCUGUACCUGUCGACCAGAGAUCCGUCUGCCUCCUUCGCACCCGAUGUUUGCAGUCGUACAACCUUUGUGAACUUUACAGUCACUCAAAGCAGUUUGCAAACCCAAUCUUUGAAUGAUGUUCUGAAGUUUGAGCGCCCAGAUGUUGAUGAACGCCGCAAUAAUUUGGUUAAGAUGCAAGGAGAGUUCAAGGUUCAUCUUCGGAAACUCGAGAAGCGCCUAUUGCAGGCACUUAAUGAGUCUCGUGGUAACAUUCUCGACGAUGACAAUGUCAUUGAAACUCUAGAAACUCUCAAGAAAGAGGCCGCUGAGAUAUCCAAGAAGAUGUCUGAGACUGAAGGUGUCAUGUCUGAGGUGGAGAAUAUCACCAAUCAGUACAGUGUCAUUGCUCGAGCAUGCAGUGCUGUCUUUGCUGUUUUAGAGCAACUUCACCACAUCAAUCAUUUCUAUCAGUUCUCCCUCCAGUACUUUGUUGACAUCUUCAACAGCGUUCUUUACCAGAACAAGCGCCUUGCACAGGAGAAGGAGCACUCUGCACGUGUUCAGAUCAUUAUUCAAGACCUGUUCAUAAUCACCUUCCAGAGGACCUCUCUCGGUCUCGUGCAGAAGGACCGCAUGACAUUGGCAAUUCUUCUUGCCCAGGCAACUCCCUUCCCGAUGGACAGAGGUAUUAUCGACCGUAUCCUGGACGAAACCAUCGAAGAUACGGAUCUAUCGACCACGAUAGAUCGUCAAGAGGAAGUGAUGAGCAAGUUGCUCAACAUGUCUAUCUUCAAAGAGUACAUCCCCAAUAUUCCCCAAGAACAAUGGGACCGAUUCUUCAGCGAGGAGCUUGCGGAGAAUGUCGUGCCCGUUGUCUGGGACGAGAACACCUCUAAAUUCGACCAGCUACUUCGCUCGGUACUCCUUGUCAGGAUCUGUCGUAUGGACCGAUGCGUGCCCAUCAGCGAGCGCUUCAUCGAGGCUGUGUUUGGGCGCGAGCUCUUUGAUGGCAGCAGUGAUCUGAAAGACGUUGUUGAGCAGGUCACAGCCACUACACCUAUUUCUCUCAGCUCAAGCCCUGGUUUCGAUGCUAGUUACAAGGUUGAUGCACUCGUUGAGCGUAUGCAUGCAACCUGUGCCAACAUUGCCAUGGGUUCAAAUGAAGGUCUGGAGAGUGCUGACAAGGCCAUCAGCAACGCCGCAGCUGCGGGUAACUGGGUUCUUGUCAAGAACGUCCACCUGGCGCCUUCGUGGCUUCAAAGCCUGGAGAAGAGACUGGAUUCGCUCAAACCUCACAAAGAGUUCCGCCUCUUCCUUUCUAUGGAAUCUAGCCCGAAGAUCCCUGUUAAUCUGAUUCGUGCCUCGCGCGUUUUGAUGUUCGAACAGCCUGCCGGUGUUCGCGCCAAUAUGAAGGACUCUCUGUCUUCUCUGACUACCCGUGCCAGCAAGGCUCCUGUCGAAAAGGCUCGUGUCUACCUACUCCUCUGCUUCUUCCAUGCAGUUGUUCAAGAACGACUGCGCUAUGCACCAAGCCUAGGAUGGAAGGGAUUCUGGGAAUUCAACGACAGUGACUACGAGUGCUCAGCUUUCAUUAUCGAUCACUGGGUCGACACCGUCGCCCAGGGUCGUUCCAAUGUUGCUCCUCAGAAGCUUCCUUGGGAGAUCAUCCGCACGCUUAUCACAGAGAUGUACGGUGGCAAAAUUGAUGAUGCCCAUGACUUCCAGCAACUGGAGGGCCUGGUGGACAAGUUCCUCACACCUGCUGCCUUCGAGGAUGACUACAAGCUCGUCUCGGGCGUUGAGAAUGACGAGCUUCUUACUCUGCCUAGCGGUACUAGCAUUCGCGACUUUAUCGCCUGGGUCAACAACUUGCCUGAACGCGAGCCUCCCACCUACCUUGGCUUGCCUGCCAAUGCUGAAAAGCUGCUCCUGGUCAACCACGGCCGCAAGAUGAUCUCUGACCUGUCUCGUGUCACUACACUCCUCGAUGAGGGGGAGCAGUUGAUGGUUGACAGUUAG